AUGGAGAGUGUCUACACUGAUAAGGGGAUCCCACCCAUUGGGCCAUAUUCUCAAGCCAUAAAAGCAAAUGGCUUCGUCUUUGUUUCGGGUCAGAUGCCUGCAACAUUUGAGGAUGGCAAGAUCAAAGUCGUAGAAGGCAGUGUUACUGACAAGACCCACGCACUGUGUCGCAACGCCGGCAUCGUCCUCGAAGCGGCUGGGUCGAGCCUAGACAAGGUCGUCAAGGCCACUGUAUUCUUUGCGAACCUGGAUGAUUUCGCAGAGAUGAACAAGGUCUACGAAGAAUACUUUCCCCAGAAGCCAGCGAGAAGCGCCAUCGAGGCAAAGCGGCUGCCGGCGGGGGUUUCAAUGGAGAUGGAAUUGAUAGCAUUGCAAUAG